AGGGGGAUCUGUAGGAAACCCUACCCAAAAAGUUCCAGCUCCAAAAUAUUACCGUCAUAUCUCACCCCCCCGGGGAGCGCGUGGGGUGACAGUCGCGUGCGUUGCGCCCGUUUGUGGAUUACCUACCGUUGUUGUUGUCCGUUUGUCACAACAAAGUCGGGACUCAACGUGCCAAGUCUUUUCAUGUCAGGGUUUUGACAAGUUGAUUCAGCGAACAAGCGAAGCCUCAAGACAUAGAGUCUCAGAGUCACACCUUCAAACUUAAGACAUUCAACAAAAGACCCAAGAGUUGCAGUCUGUGUAAACAAGUCAUCUGGAACGAAGGGCUUUCCUGCAGAGUCUGCAAAUAUGCCUGCCAUCGGAAGUGUGAGCCCAGGGUUAUGACAGCAUGUGUUCCUCCGGUUAAUUACGAGUUGCCGAGCAAUGAAGGCCUCGCAAGACAGCAUUCUUCAAAAGCGCAACCACCAACAACUUCAAAAACCAUGAUGUCCUCACAUGUUCGCCACAAGGGGCCAACCAAGGGUCGCGGCCAAUAUGGGGAUGACUCCUUUGACCUUGACCUCACCUACAUCACAGAGAGGAUCAUCGCCAUGUCCUUCCCUGCUGGAGGUCUGGAGUCCACCUAUAGGAACAACUUGAAGGACGUGGCCAAGAUGCUGCAGACUAAACACGGAGACAACUACAUGAUCUUUAAUGUAUCUGAGAAGAGGUACGACAUAUCCAAGCUCAACACACAAGUGUUGGAUUUUGGCUGGCCAGACCACCAUGCCCCUCCCCUGGAGCGGCUCUGCAGCAUCUGUAAGUCCAUGGACUCCUGGCUGAACUCUGACCCAAACCAUGUGGUGGUUGUGCACUGCAAGGGAGGCAAAGGAAGAACAGGAGUGGUGAUUGCAGCGUACAUGCACUACAGUAACAUCUGUGCCAGUGCGGAGCAGGCACUAGACAGGUUUGCCAUGAAGCGGUUUUAUGAUGAGAAAGUUGCGGGGGUGACUCAACCAUCUCAGAGGCGAUAUGUACACUACUUUGCCGGUCUGCUGUCAGGCAACAUCAAGAUGAACAACAACCCCCUGUUCCUGCACAACAUUGUCAUCCAUGGCAUCCCUAACUUUGACUCCAAAGGAGAAGCUCCCUCUAAGUUGACAACCACAAAACUAUUCAGGAACUCUAGAAAAGGCUGCAGACCUUUUGUGAAGAUCUAUCAGGCUAUGCAGCCCAUCUACACAACUGGAGUGUAUAACGUGACAGCAGACAUGAGUAGGAUCUGUAUCGCUGUCGAGCCGGGCCUGCAACUGAGAGGAGACAUCCUGAUCAAGUGCUACCAUAAGAAGUACCGGUCUGCCACACGUGAUGUUAUCUUCAGGGUACAGUUCCACACGUGUGCCAUCUCCGAUUACGGGCUCAUCUUUCCAAAGGCAGAGCUGGAUGAAGCUUUCAAAGACGACCGUUUUCCUGAUAACGGAAAGAUAGAAUUCAUCUUCUCAGCUACGCCUGCUCCCAUGCAAGGGAAUGGAAUCGUGAGGAACGAGAAGACCAUCGCUGUGGACACAAACACCAACGAUCCGCUGAUCCGUUGGGACUCGUACGAGAACUUCAACCAGACAAGGUCGGACAGUUCCGAGUGUGAAGUUGAAGUGGAGCACGAGCGAGGACCUGUGGACGGGAGUCUGUAUGCACAAGUGAGGAAAAAGGAGCGCAAGUCAUCCUCCGACCGUGAGAACGAGAAUAUUCCCAGCCCCACGAGUAACGGCCCGACCAUCCCCAACGGUCCGGCGACCUUCUCCGUCAGCAGCGACUCGGGGAAUUCCUCCACCACGGAGCGAAGCGACAGGGGUGAGUUGUCGCCGUACUCUCCGGCUAUAGAUCCAAAUAGUUCCAACCUGGAUGAGCUGCUGGAUAACGUAGAGUUGGCGGUCGAGAAAAGCGAACCUAGAAUGGUGAAUGGAGUUUUCCCAGAAACCCACGAGACCCACAGUCGGAAUGUUGAAGUGGACGAGGCAGGGAAUGUUGUGGCAAAGGAGUCCAAGUCUAAGGUAUGGGAACUGAGGCAGAAUAAGCCUGGGUUGAAAAUGGAACAGAGAGUGCAAACGUCACACCAGACGGUGACCAUCCAGCAUCACACGGUUAACGGGAAAGAUGUGCCAAAGGUCGAGAAGUACGAAAAACUGGAGAUCGUGAAUGGCGUGAAUGGACCAGUAACGGACAGAAGCCCCGGUGGAAGUUUUAAGCUGACGGAGUUGGACAGAGAGACGGAUAUUCUGGAUGAUUCGCCACCUGUGAAAUCGCAGCCCAAGGGACGCGAUCCUAUGAUGGAGUUACACAUCGGAGAUCUGCAAGGCCCGCCCUCACCCGAAAAUAUACAAAACGUGGAAGUGCAACAGCAAGUAAGAAGGGCGUACACAGUGAACGUACAACAACACAACAGCCCGCAGUUGACCAACAGGUCGAAACCAGCAGCGACCAAUCCACAGCCGGAGAAACCGGUCAUGAACGGCCCCAUCCGCGGUAACCCUACCAACCCCUCUCCUCAGGCGAACAUUCGCUCCCACCCCCAUCAGCGCCUCCCCCACCCCUGAGGAGAUGGCGGGUUUGACGUGGCUGCAGCAGCAGCAGCUGAAGCUGAAGAGAAAGCGAGAGAUGCAGAGGUUAGGGCAGACAUACACUCCCGACUACAGCUCCUCCACCCCAUCCACUCCUC